AGCUAAAUGAUUUGUAUAUGUAGAACAACUUACACAUGGACGAAGACAUGAAAUAAUUUAUAGUAAUCGACUGUUUAAUAUCCUGGUUAGCAAUUACACCUAGAAUCAUUCUAGAUAAAUCCAGUUGUGCAAAUCUUGCAAGUUCCAUUGCCAUUAUUGCAUGUUUAACCUUGGCUUGGCUCAUUAUUAAUUAUCCUAAAUUCAACAAACUAUAGAGAGAUUUCGUUAUCAUUCUAACUUCUUUUUGAUAAUUUGAGGAUAGAUUUUAGUUUUAUUAUUUAUUUAGAUAUCAUGCAGUAUCAUUUUAUAAAACAAAAGAAAUUAGUAAUAAUUUAAUUAUGUAAUUAACUUGUUCUCUAAAAUAUAGAAUCUUUUAUAUUACAAUUAUUAGCUCUAUAAUAAUCGGUGCUUAGAAAAUCUGAUCAAACUAUGUUUAAAAACCACAAUUAUAACUAAUAAUUGAUAUGGUUGCAUAAAUUAUUUGAUUUAUUUGAAAAGUGAAAAAAAAAAUUUCAUAAUCAUUUG